AUGCCGGGAGCGGAGGAAGCGGACCCGGAGCCCGGCGCCGACCCGCGCCUGCGACUCCUGGGGGCCUACGUGGCCCGGAGCCUGCGGCCGGCCGCCGGCGCCUGGGAGCGCUGCGCGGGCACGGCCGAGGCGGAGCGGCUGCUGCACGCCUUCCUGGGCCGCGAGGAUGAGGGGAGCCCGCAGCCGCUGCUGGUGGUGCGGCCCGGGCCGGGGGGCCUGGCGCUGCGACCCGGGCUGGACGCGGGGCCCGAGGCCGGCCCGCCUCGCGCCAAGGGGCUUUUCUUCCUGCGCACCGGGCCGGAGCCGCCGGGGCCCCGCAGCCUCCGCGGCGCCGUGCUGUGCGGGGACGUGCCCGCCGCCCCUCUGGAGCAUCUGGCCACCCUGUUCUCUCAGGUGGUCCUCCCCGUCCUGGCCAAUGAGAAGAAUCACCGAGGCUGGCCCCACGUGGUAUGUCAAGAUGUCCAGCGGCACGCCCACGGCCUGCAGGGCGACCUCCUGGUUAUCCUGGAGCAGGUCAACGGGAAGACUGUGCUGCCUCUUCCGGCAGGCGCAGACGAAGUGGGGUUUGUGGAUUCGGACAGCGACAGUGCCUUGGAUUGCACAGAGAAGUCAGUCAUCUAUGCCAUUGAGUCUGCUGUAAUCCAGUGGAGCCGCCGGGUCCAGGGGGUGCUCAAGAGAGAGUCUUCCCAGCCCCUCCUACAAGGGGAGAACCCCACCCCUAGGGUGGAGUUGGAGUUCUGGAAGAGCAGGGCUGAAGAUCUGGAACACGUUUACAACCAACUGAGAGCGAUAAAGGCGAGGGGCAUGGCCAGGCUCCUGGACAGAGUCCACAGCAGCUACUUCCCAGCUUUCCAAGCCAUGUGCAGAGAUGUCGUAGCAGCUCUGACAGAGGCGCAGGACAUCCGGACACACCUGAUGCCACUCUCCCGCCACCUGGAGAUCCUCGAGAGCCUGGAGUUUCCGGAGGUGAAACCACGGCUGCGGCCUCUGCUCCACGUGGUGUGUCUGAUCUGGGCCACGUGCGGGUCCUACCGCUCCCCAGGGCGGCUCACGGUGCUGCUCCAGGAAAUCUGCAAUCUCCUCAUCCAGCAGGCUUCUAAUUAUCUCAACCCAGAAGGCCUCCUGAGAAGUGAGGUGGAAGAAAGUCAGAGAAAACUGCAAGUGGCCGUGGACACCUUGAACUUCUUCAAGCAGAUGUUUCAGGACAGAAGAGAGAAUCUCCAUACUUACUUCAAAGAGAACCAGGAAGUCAAGGAGUGGGAUUUCCAGUCUUCCUUGGUCUUUGUGCGACUGGAUGGCUUCCUGGGGAGACUGCUCCUGGUGCAGGUGAGUGUCCUCGUUCACCUCAGGCUCCCAGCUCCAUACAGGGGUGAGCCAUCCAGGGAUCCGAAAUCAGAGUAGGAAAAGGACCAAAGCAGCACGGUGGCCAAUCCUCCAUUGGUUGGAAGAACCCAUAAUAAGAGUCAAUAAACAUCUGGUUUGACAUUUU